ACAUCUUUAAAAAAAUAAAAUAAAGGCGGAACUACUCGUGAUUGCGCACAUUUUGAGGGGACUCCUUGUUGUGUCGCACUGAAACCGGAAGUUGUUGGUACAUUGCUGCAAAAAAUGUCCUAGCUAAGCCAAAUGAAUGGAUGUUCUGCUGCACUGAGGUGCCUUUGCUCGCGACUCUCCAAGAUGACAUGAACCUUUAAACUCCUGACUCAACUCUGCCGCUUCCGUCUUCCACGGUUUCCGCCUCUGCAGGUUAGGGUACCAUGGCUACAAGGAUGAAGCUGAAGCUGAAGACUGUGUUUGUGCUCUACUUCAUGGUUUCGCUCAUGGGCCUCAUCUAUGCACUGAUGCAGCUGGGUCAGCGCUGCGACUGCACAGAGCAUGACAUGCCUAAAGAUCGUACAAUAUCUCGGCUGCGGGGGGAGCUGCACCGCCUUCAGGAGGAGGUGAGGAGGUCUGAGGCGACCAAGCAACCACAGAAACAGCCAGCCAAGCCCACAAUCUUUGUCAUCACGCCGACAUAUGCAAGGCUGGUGCAGAAGGCGGAGCUGACUCGCAUGUCCCAGACCUUCCUCCAUGUCCCUCAGCUUCACUGGAUCGUGGUGGAGGACUCGCCACACAAGACGCCACUGGUGACUGACCUCCUGGUGAAGAGUGGCCUGACCUACACACACCUACACAUGCCCACCGCCAAGGACCGCAAGCUGCAGGAGAACGACCCCAGCUGGCUGAAGCCUCGUGGAGUUGAGCAGAGGAACGAGGGUCUACGGUGGCUCAGAGAGGACAGAAGGGCUCAGCCAGGAGGAGACAACCAGCAGGGUGUAGUUUACUUUGCUGACGACGACAACACAUACAGCCUGCAGAUAUUUGAAGAGAUGAGGAGUACCCAGCGAGUGUCGGUGUGGCCGGUGGGGCUGGUUGGAGGGAUGAAAUAUGAGAGGCCUGUGGUUGAAGGGGGAAAGGUGGUUCGCUUCCAUACCGGCUGGCGUCCCAGCCGCCCCUUCCCCAUGGACAUGGCUGGCUUUGCUGUGUCCCUCAAACUGGUCCUGGCCAAUCCAGAUGCUUGUUUUGACGGAGAAGCACCAAUGGGCUUUCUGGAGAGCAGCUUCCUUCAAGGACUGGUUACCAUGGAUGAACUUGAGCCUAAAGCAGACAACUGCUCAAAAGUGCUGGUGUGGCACACUCGCACAGAGAAGCCCAAGAUGAAGAGAGAAGAGGCUCUGCAGGCUCAGGGACUGGGCUCAGACCCUGCAGUGGAGGUCUGAGGGACACACACAUUCACACUCUCAAACACACACACACACACACACACACACACACACACACACACACACACACACACACACAUUGUAAAGCGUACUCUGCUGUUUAAUGCUGCAUAUUUAACUCUGCGUUGUAAAUACUGUAAAACAGAAAAAGUAUCUGUUAGAGGUCACAUUUCAAGUUAUCUGGUUAUGACUGUGUUCUUGUGUCGGGUAGUAAAUGUGUGUAAAUAUUGGGUGAAUGUGUGUGCCGUUACAACAGUGUAUGUUAGCAUAUGUAUCAGGCUUUGUUUUGUUUGGCCGGCAGUACAGUGGAGGACAACUGCAGUUUAAAGAAUUGCCUGUAGGGGGCACCAGUGUUAAUCUUUGCAAAGCCAUGCUGUUCCACCACUAACACAUUCCUACUUAGAGCUGGAGGAACGCAGAAUCUUAUAACAGAUGUGUGAAGGGUUUUCCAUGUUGAACCCUGAAGUGUAACUCAUUUCUGAUGGUACGCAGAUAUUUAAUGGCUGAGCGACACCAGGUUUCAGGCUCCAAACGUCUCGAUACAGUUGCAAGUGAGCACUUUAUCCAUGCAUGGCUUCCUUUUUAGUGUCCGUAAAUACGUAUCAGCCAUAUAGAUGUGUUUUUUUUUCUCACAUCAUCAUUAUAGGCAUGAUAAUAAUCCUUUCAAAUCCAAAAUGUCUGCAUUUGCUAUCAAUUGUGGAGCAAAUGUGCAUUUUUUUUGACAGUUAACAAAACUCAUAACAUUAAAAAAAAAGCCACAACACACACAAAUGAAUUAAGAAAUAUGCUAAAUAUUUGUUGCCUUGUAUUUAUUAUUCUCUCAUGCAGCUGUGUUACACACACAAGUGGUGCAACUCAGCAACACAGACAACAACAAAUCCAGAUGGUGGUUCCACACCCAGAGAAGCUUCAGUGUUAAAACAACAGCAGUUUGUCCUAGUCAGCAUUUUUUAUAUGUAUAUUUUAGUGAUGCUUUUUUAAAAAAACUUACAGCUUGUGGAAUCCACGUAGAAGUCCCGAAUAAGGGAGCAGCACUACUGAAACUCAUAGAAAUCACUAAUGCAAUAAACAAAAACAAAGUACGCCGUCCGCACUACACAUUCAUACUCUGAUGACAAGAAAAAGACAGUAACAGAGCUUCAAUAGUAUAUUUGUAGGAAAAAAAAACUUCAAAUAUAUAUUGAACUACUAUCUGUGCUUGGUUAUCUUCCACGACUUCCUCACAAAUUGGAAGAAUAAAGAGCAAAACAACGUUAUAGCCAGAACAAGUCCUCAGUUACUGUUGUUUGAUACUGUAAAACAAGCUAGUGCCUGCUUCUGUGUAAUUAGUGCCUGUAAGUCAAUUCUCUACUGGUGUAUUAUGUAUUUAUUACUGUAAUAUUGUUCUUUACAUUGUACAAUGUGAUCAUGUCUGUCCUGAGCCUUGGAAAUAAACCUAGAUGAUGUAAAACAUG